AUGUGGAAAACUUUAUGCGCCGCAAUUGUGUCACAAGGCGAAAUUGUACUACCAGUUGUAUCCAGUGGAAUUGCAUCACUUCUUCUACCCAAAGGAAGAACAACUCAUUCUCGCUUUGGCAUACCUAUUGAUAUAAAUCGAGAUUCCAUAUGUAAAGGUAUUCAACCAAAUAGCGAAUUAUCAGCUCUUAUGCAUAAAACCAAGCUUAUAAUAUGGGAUGAAGCACCAAUAAUGAGAAAAUUUUGUUUUGAGGCCGUUGACAGGAGUAUGAGAGACGCACUCCGUGGAGGAGAUGAUGGACUCCCUUCAACUUUACCAUUUGCAAGAAAGGUGGUUGUGUUUGGCGGUGAUUUUAGACAAAUUUACCGUUAUUCCAAAGGGAACACGACAAGAUAUUGUUUACGCAACCAUAAACUCUUCAAGUAUAUGGCAUUCAUACUGGAUUCACUCACAAUUGGGGAUGGACAAAUAGGAGGUCCAAACGACGGAGAAGUCACAAUUAAAAUUCAAGAUAACAUCUUAAUUAAGGACUACAUUGAUCCAAUCGCAUCAAUAGUGGACAAUACUUAUCCGAAUUUACUUCAAAAUAUGUCUCUUGAAAACUUUUUCGAAGACAGGACAGUUUUGGCACCUACAAAUGAGAUUGUGACACAAGUGAACGAUGUUGUGUUAUCAAUGCUCCCCGGAGAUGCAAAGGUAUUUUUAAGCUCAUAUGCAAUUAGCAAAUCAGAUGGGUAUGCCACCAUAAACAAUGGCACAUUUUCAGUGGAGUUCCUCAACACUAUCAAAUGUUUUGGACUACCUAAUCACCAACUUACUUGGAAAAAGGCACUCGUGUAA